AUGAAGAAUGUUGAUUCAAAAGGGUUAAAAAACAUUCUUGAAUUAAAUAACAGAGAUAAUAAAGAAAAACAAAUAAAUACUUCUAUAAUUAUGAGAGAUAAUUUAACAAAUAAUUCAUUACAACCUGUCGUAGAGAAUGUGAUAGAAGGUAGUGAAAAAUUUCCUACAUUAUUAGCAGCUAUUCGUAAAGUUGACACUCCACCAAGGAUACAUAUAGAAGAAAGAGAAAUUAAUGAUUUUCCACAACAAUUACAAAGUUAUAAUUUUUUACCACAGCAAUAUAAUACAGAUGGUGUUGAAAAAUCUAUAAGAAGAAAAUAUGUUAAGAAAUCUAAAAUACCUAACAUAACUAAUGAAAAUAAUAAUUAUCCUCUCAUUGGGGAAGAAAUUAUUUUUAAUUGUCCCAGUAAAAGAGGUCCCAAAAGAUUUAAAAGCAUGGAGAGCACAAAAGUUGAUGAAUCAUCACAAAAUUAUAAUUAUACUAAUUAUUCAACAAUAGCACAUGAAAGUUACAUUCCAGAAAACAUAAUAAACGAUUAUAAUAUAAAUAAUAGUAACCCAUUAUCACGUAUAUCAUUUAAUCCAAAUUACCCAUUUGAUGAUGGUGAUGAAAAUAUAAGAAAUAAUCAUAUAGAUAAUUCUAUUCCAAUUUCCCAAUAUUUUCCUGAUAAUUAUAAUAACAAUAUACCUCAAAAUAAUACAAAUUAUCUAAAUAACCAAAUCAAUUAUCAAUAUCCUAAACAAAUUAUUAAUAAUACUACACUUAGAAAUAAUUUUCAAAUGUACAAUAAUUUACCAGAAAAUGGACAAAAUUAUAUAAAUAAUUCUAAUAAUAUUAUAAAUCCUCAACCUUAUAAUGAAUCAUCAAAAAAUUAUACAAAUAGUAAAAUAAUUAAUAAUAAUAGAAUUACCUCAUCAUAUUCAAGAAAACCAAUUAAUUAUUUAUCUAACAUGUCAUACUUUCAAUAUCAAAAUAUGAAGAAUAAAAAUGGUGUUAUUUAUAAUAAUAAUAUUAAUAUUAAUAAUAAUAAUAUUAGUAGUAGUAGUAGUAGUAGUAGUAAUAAUAAUAAUAAUAGUAGUAAUAACGGUUCCAAUGGUGGCGCAAAUAAUUUAACUAAAAAUCUUAUGAAUAAUGAAAGAAAAUUGUAUAAUAUAAAUACAAAUAAUAUAAAUAUAUCUAUUCCACCUAAUACUAUUAAUAGUAAUACCCAAAAUAAUAUUGCACAAACUUAUCAAGCCCAAACAAGAUAUCAUACAAAUUUUCCUAAUAUUCAUCCUAAUACAAGAUCAAAUAUUGUAGAUGGAAAUUAUAAUAAUUUUUAUCAAAAUACCUUUACAGAAAAUUCCCAAAAUACUCUUUUUGCAGUAGAACAACAAACCUCACAAAUGUAUACAAGAACAGAUAAUAUUGUACCAAUAAAUAAUGAAUCAUAUAAUUAUCAAAAUCCAAAAUAUCAAACAUUUUCAAAUGUUAAUAAAUGUUACGAUAAUACACAAUCUGUAUCAAGAUAUACACCUCUUAAUUCAUCAUCUUCCUCAUUAUACAAUAUUAAUUCAUAUGAAAAAAUUUCACCAAAUAUUAAUAAAUAUCAAUAUAAUAAUCAAGAAUCAUUGAUAUGUUAUCAAAAUUUAGAGGAAGUAUAA